AGCUGCGAGACGCGUGCAGUAGGGACCCAGACGCGUCUCCCUCUCGCCUGCACCAUUCUACGAUUCUUCCUUGCCAUAUACCCUCACAACACACGAGAAAAUCCCUUGUCCCAGCAGAACCAGGCCAGCAGUCACCAUGCCGUCCAAAACAGACUCCAGAAAUGCCGAACCAGCAGCAAACAAUUUCGACGACCUGGAUAACUAUUUCAUGGAUGGAGACCUAGACGAUGACCCGUUCGCGUCUCCCCAACCCGAGGACAACUCAAAGUCUAACAAGCGAAAAGAGCCAGGCGAUGGUCUUGGUAUCGAUGAGGAGGUUUCCGUUGCAAAGAAGGCCAGAGUUCCCAGAGUCAAACUCGACCAAGAGAGGUUAGUUUCAGAAAAGGGCAUACCUGCGCUGAAGAAGCGAUCCGGUAAACUGAGGUUAAAAGGCAAGGGUCACGAGUGGAGCGAUGCAUCACGCCUACUGUCAUUCUACCAGGAAUGGCUGGAUGAUCUUUUCCCCAAGGCCAAGUUCUUGGACGCAUUGGCCAUGGUGGAAAAGGCAGGGCACCACAAGGCUAUGCAGAAGAUGCGGGUGGACUGGAUCGAUGAAGGCAGGCCCAAGUCGACCGUGGUGGCCGACGGCGGAGACGAUGAUGAGCCCACAGGGGACCAGCAGCAGCCAGAAGAGGCGCCAGCACCACGACAGGCAGACCGAAUAGCGCCCAUCUUCGAAAAGACUGCCAGUGGAGCUCGGCCGAGCACGCCGCCCGCGGACGACCUUUUCGGGGACGACAUCUACGGAGCCACUCCGAUCGGUGCCAGCAAGAACAGCAGACCGUCGGAUACAAGAGGCGAACCUGACCAGGACGAACUGGAUGCGCUCAUGGCAGAGAUGGAUCAAGAGCCGAGCAUCCCGUCGAGACCAACAGGAGGGCCAGUCAAGAGCAUAUUCGGCGACGGAAAGCCAAAGGCGACAGAAAGGCCAAGACCGGCGGAGCCAGACGAUGACGAUCUUGAUGCUCUCAUGGCUGAAGCUGAGGCUGAGCAAGGCCCCACGAGGCCAGCACAAGUGCCGAGUUCAAAGGCACCCCCGGCAGAUUUCGAUGAUGAAGAGGAAGCCAUGGCAGAGAUGGACGGUCUCUGGUGAGGCUUGGGACGCAGAUUUGUACGACCAUUACCGUAAUGAAUUUACGAGCACCCGUUCUUGUUGUGCCAUCUGGCAAUGUUCAUCAUUCGUCAGGCACACAACAUGCUUUCAUUUGCCUGCAGGUCGGAGUUGCCAAUGCACCGUAACCACCAUCAAAUUCAUCCCACCCAGCACUCUUCCCUGCGAUUGAGUAAAUUAAUGGCCCGAAAAGAAAGACGAAAAGACUCAUUAGAAUGUAGCCAAAAAAAAGGAGGUAAACAAAUUUCCUUAUUU